AGGCGCACGGCUUUUUGCGUGCCUUUGGUUGCCAUGGCCAAGAUGAGUUGGGACUCCGUGGGCCUGGCCACCGUGGGCUUCCUCGGGGUGCUGGGGGUGCGGCGGCGCCUCGAGGCACCGAAGCCGGCGGAGAAGGCGGCGACGCCGCUGCGGCUCCCAGGUGCCCAGUGCAUCGUCACCGGCGCCUCGGGCGGCCUAGGCGCGGAGCUGGCGCUGGCGCUGGCUGAGGCGGGGGCCGAGGUGACGCUGGGCUGCCGGAGCUUGGAGCGCUGCGAGCGGCAAAAGCGGCAGCUCUUCGCCCGGUGCAACGAGGCGGCAGAGAAGGAGCGGAAGGAGGUCCUUCCGUCCGCGACUUCCGCUGGCGCUCGAAGCGAGCGCCGGCGCCACUGUUUGGACCUGCGGCGCCGGAUGGUGUGCAAGGAGCUGGAUCUGAACAGCGCCAGGUCGAUCCGAGCCUUUGCGAAGGAGAUGGCUGGCAGCGGAUCGCGACAGAUUAUCCUGGUGAACAAUGCAGGUGUGAUGGGAGAGAGCACCGAGGACACGGACGACGUGCAGUUGCGCACGAACCAUUACGGGCAUUUCAUGCUGACCCAGCUGCUGCUUCCCAAGAUGGACCCGAGCUCCAUCAUCGUGGUGAUGACAAGCCGGGCACAUCGGCAAGGAUCCCUGACUGUGGGCAACGAAGGGGAGACUCUGAACAGCGAGGAGAUCGAAGGCUCCCCUCCGGUGGCGAAGCUCUUGCACUCUCUGGGGCUGGGCUGGUAUGCGCGCUACGCCCGCUCGAAGCUCUGCAACGUGCUGUUUGCCGCGGAGCAGCGGCGCAGGCUGCCGGAGGGGCCCGCCGUGGUGGCGGUGUCCCCGGGCUUGGUGAACACCGACAUCUUCCGGUCCGUGUCGCCGGAGGCUUUGGGGCGCCUGGUGCGGUGGCUGGCGGACAAAUUCUUCCAGACGCCCUCUGAGGGCGCCCAAAACGUGCUGGCCGCCUUGCAGGCGGCGCACGAGGCGCAAGCGAAGGGAGAGAGCGAAGAGGUGGCCUUGUACUGGCACUGCGGCCAGCCGCAGAGGCCCUCAGAGGCCUCUCUGCACCCUGGGCUGGGGGCUGCUUUGUGGCGUGCCAGUGAGGCGGCGGUCAAGGAGUUUUGAAGCUCCGGUUUCCUUGUGUUCGGACGACGGGUUUCACGCCGCCCCAUCGAGCAGAGGAUGGCGACAGGGAGGAGGGUAGCUGAUCGAGAGGUCGCAGUGGCUCGGAGGUGAAGAGCAGCUUGAAAGAUCUGCGGAUCUGCAGAUCUGCAGAUCAGAAGGGCCUACAGCAGCCAGCAAUAGAGGACCCUUAAGGUGGAUUCUGCAUUUCUUCCGA